AUGUUUCGCAACCAGUAUGAUGGUGAUGUCGUGACCUGGAGCCCCCAGGGUCGCAUCCACCAGAUUGAAUACGCCAUGGAAGCCGUCAAGCAGGGCUCGGCUUGCGUUGGUGUCAAAAACCAAACACACGCCGUUAUCGUUGCACUCAAGCGCUCGCCGUCAGAGCUCUCCUCCUUCCAACAGAAGGUGUUUGAGUUGGACCAACAUGCCUGCAUGGGCAUUGCUGGCCUCUCCUCAGACGCGCGUUCUCUUGCCCGCUUUCUGCGUGAGCAGUGCUUCGAAUUUCGCUGGGCCUACGAUGAAGACAUGCCUCUUUCUCGCCUUGUCAACGCGGUUGGCGACAAGAUGCAGCGCUGCACGCAGCUUUGGAGCCGUCGCCCCUUUGGUGUGGGUCUCCUGGUGGCUGGCUACGACGCCAAGGGUCCCCACAUUUAUCAGAUUGAGCCGUCAGCCAACUUUUUCGACUGCAAAAGCAUGGCCAUUGGUGCUCGGUCGCAGUCGGCACGCACAUACCUUGAGCGCAAUGUGGAACAAAUCAAGUCCUCAGAUCGUGAGGGUCUGAUCAAGCAUGCGCUCUUGGCGCUGCGCGAGUGCUUGCCGAGUGAGAGCUCACUGACACAGCAGAACACCACCAUUGCCAUUGUCGGACAGAACGAAACCGUCACCAUCAAUGACGAUGACAAGGUGCAAGGCUACAUUGCACAGCUGGAUGACGACGGCACGGCUGGCCAGGCCAUGGAUGACUCCAGUGCCCAGGGCGAGUAA